AUGUUAUUAAAUAUAAGCGCCAGUUUGCCAGAAAACGGGCACAAGGCCGAGGGCCCUGUACCUUCCUUAUAUACAGUAAUCCCCUUUUUCCAGCUACUAAUAAAACUAUUUAUGUUACGGGACCAAACCAAGCUGACAACUGUGCUUACGUCAGUAGUGGACGUUUGUAAAGUGGUUGCCUUCUGGCAAAAUGCAAAGGAAAUUACAGGUUUUAAGCGGGUACGCUGCUAG